AUGACUCAAACCCUAACUCAGCGCCUUGGACUCCUCGACUUUCCAGGGUCAGCAUUGUUCAUUCCAUCGCUGACGUCGUUCCUUAUCCCAGUAACCUGGGGUGGCGUGCAAUACCGUUGUGAUAGUUGGCGCACUCUAAUACCUUUGAUAUUUGGAGCAUUGGGCCUCGGUGCAUUCGGGAUAUACGAGUUCUUUGUCGGGUCAUGGUCUGUGAAGAAAUCCGUACUUAUACCCCCAAAUGUCUUCCAAAAUCGCUCCGUUGGUAUUUUGUAUGCCGGUAGCGUUUUUCAUGGCCUCAUUUUAUACAGCAUGGUGUACUAUUUACCAGAGUACUUCCAGGCAGUGAGGAACUAUACACCAUUACUAUCGGGAGUAUUAGGCCUCCCACAAACAGCAACUAUCGUCCCUUUCUCGGUAGCUGUCGGUGUUGUAGUUGGGAAAGCUGGUAGGUACCGCUGGGCAAUAUGGUCCGGCUGGGCACUCAGCUAUCUUGGGCUGGGUCUUCUCAUUCUUUUAAAGGAACAUACAACCAUAGUACAAUGGGUAUUCCUUGGUGCGGUGUCGGGCUUUGGCAUUGGUUUGCUCUUCCCCUCUGUCCCUUUGGCAAUUCAAGCAUCAGUGCCACAAGAGGAUGUUGCCAUGGCUGCCACCCUAGUGCAGUUUUUCCGGUUCUUAGGGCAGACCCUCGGGGUCGCAAUUGGAGGAGCAGUUGUCAACAAUCAGCUGAGGAGAAAUUUGAUAAAAGCAGGUUUAACAGAGCAACCAGCCUCACUUAUUAGGCUUAUAAGAAUACUUAGGGGCCUUCCUGUUAACGCACCUUUAACCAUUGCCCUGAAGCAUGCCAUGUCAAAGUCGUUUCGGACCAUUUGGAUUGUUAUGUGCGCAUUGUCCGCAGUGAAUCCUUUGCUCGGUUUUUUGAUUGCAGAAUAUAGCCUGAAUCAAGAGCACAAGACAGAGCAGCAAUUCAUGCCUGAGAGGACUGACAGCCCAGCCAAAGAUCCUGGGGGUGUACCCUGA